UGCAAUUUGCAGCAUAGUCAAUCCGAAACAACAAAAAUUUCCGUUUUAUGUUAAUUGGUCUGUGUUGAAUGUUUGGCAAUAUGGAAAAUAAUAAGAAGUUUGUUGGAAGCAACAAGGCACAAAUUGCGUAUUUGUGCCAGUAUAUGGCGGGGCACCCAGAAUUCGCAGCUGGGGAUUAUAGGACGCCUUUAGGGGCAUCCUAUAAUCCCCAGUGGGAGUCACUGAAGCGCGCUCUAGACGAGCUUGGCCCACAAAGAUCGGUGGAGCAAUGGAAAAUUUGUUGGCGAGACCAGAAACGCAAGGCCCGAGAUGAGGGUCCUCCAAUCUCAGACAAUACAGUGCAUGUUCUGAAUGCAACUAGCCAGGAGAUGGCAGUGGGUUGUGGUCCUGAGGAGUCACCAAUUGGUUUCAGUCAGGAAACCACAACUCCACUGUCAGCUCUACGCCAGUUGCAAGCAGAGCAUGCACAAGAACCAUUCCCCAGCACCUCGGGCAUACCAAAAAAGAGAACUCGAAAACUAUUGCCUCCUGACCGAUUUUUGGCAGCUCAAUUGGCAGCGAAUGCUUUACGUCGAGAAGCGAACGAUUUAAGACGUGAAGCGAACGAUUUAAGACGUGAAGCGCUCAUCACAGCUCAAAAGCACCUUGCUAUCUUGAUUGCAAAAGACAAAAAGAAGAAUCCGUCCGUCCCCGCUCCCCUCCCCCCUCCCCCCAACCGUAGACAGACAUAAAGCGAGCUGCAGGAAGGGUGUUCUGAUGCGGCAUCAUUGAUGACUGAUAGCCAACCUUAGAAUCCUUUGCUGCCUCGGAAUUCAAUACCAACUGUUCCGACAAUCCACAGUUGGCCAGCGUGGUGGACUAUGGCUAAAAGCCUUCUCAUUCUGAAAAAAUUACGUCUGUUGCGGCGUGAUUGAAGGAUGACUAAUCAAGUAGAAGAAUUGCAUCAUCUUAAAUUAUUCUACUUGAUUAGUCCAUCAACUAUAGUAUUAAAAAUAAUAAUGUUUUGUAUUUAGAACGACAUUUUAUGUUAAAGAUGUUAUUUAAGAUUUUUUAAAUAUUUUUAGUGACAAGUGCAAGCUUACAACAGUUAUUAGUUAGCAUUAACAGGGCUCUCUUCGUCACUUACUCCAUACAAUCGUAGUCCCAAUUUCAUUUGAAUAUUAAGCAAAGUCCAUGAAAUUUUGCAGACUUAUUCUAGAAACUAAUAUCUGUGCCUGU